AUGUCUCUCGAUGAGAAGCACCCUGUCGAGGCCGCUCCGCCAUACCGCGCCUCUUUGAGCGACCAUGUCCGUGGUCGUCAGUUCAGCGUGGACGCAAAUGACACGGCCAUUGUCAAUGCCGACCAGAACCAGCUGCAUCGCAGUCUGAAGGGACGACACAUGCAGAUGAUUGCAAUCGGUGGAGCAAUUGGUGCCGGUCUGUUCGUUGGUUCCGGGUCUGCGUUCCAAACAGGAGGACCUGCGUCCGUCCUGCUGGGCUUCAUCAUUGUCGGCUUCAUGGUGUACCUCAUGAUGCAAGCUCUUGCAGAACUCGCUGUCAUGUACCCAAUCAACGGUGCCUUCACCAUGUACAUUGUCCGCUUCGUCGAUCCUAGUUGGGGUUUCGCAGCAGGCUGGCAGUACGCUAUCAGCUGGCUCACCGUCUUGCCAUUCGAAAUCUCCGCCGCGUGCAACAUCAUCCACUUCUGGCAAGGAAGUGAGGGAAUCAACAACAGCGCCUGGAUUGUUCCUCUGCUGGUUGCUCUCGUUGCCAUCCAAUUCUUCGGUGUAAAGGGUUAUGGAGAAACCGAGUUCGUUCUCAGUCUCAUCAAGAUCUUGGCUUGCAUCGGCUUCAUCAUCCUUGGGAUCAUCACCAACUGCGGCGGUGUUCCAACCGACGACAGAGGCUACAUUGGCGCCCGAUACUGGUACAACCCAGGUGCAUUCCUCAACGGCUUCCACGGCUUCUGCUCCGUCUUCGUGACGGCAUCUUUCGCGUACACUGGUACCGAACUCACCGGUCUUGCUGCAGCAGAGACGCCGAACCCUCGCAAGGAGAUCCCUCGCGCUUCGAAGCAGGUUGUGUGGCGUAUCGCAUUCUUCUACAUCCUCACCCUCUUCCUCAUUGGAAUCAACCUUCCCUCGGACAGCCCACUCUACAAGUCCCCGGGCUCAUCCUCCCGUCACUCUCCAUUCGUUCUCGCCAUCGAGGCAGCAGGAAUCAAGGUCCUUCCGGGUAUCUUCAACGCAGUCAUUCUCAUCUCCGUCAUGAGUGUUGCAAAUUCGUGCACUUUUGGAUCCACCCGCACAAUCCAAGCCCUGGCAGCUGAGGGAAUGGGACCCAAACUCUUUGCAUACGUCGACAAAGCUGGACGCCCCAUCGCCGUCGUCGUCCUGCAGCUCCUGUUUGGAUGUCUGGCAUUCAUCAACCUCGCCAAGAACGGUGGCAACAUCUUCAACUGGCUGCUGUCGUUGUCGGGUCUGUCAAUCUUCUUCAUCUACGGCAGCAUUGCGCUCGCGCACAUUCGCUUCCGCAUGGCGUGGAAGGCAAAGGGACAUUCGCUCGACGAGAUUCCCUACAAGGCGGCUUUCGGAGUAUACGGAUCCUACAUCUGCCUUCUCAUCAACAUCAUCUGCCUUGUCGCGCAAUUCUACGUGGCACUGUACCCAGUGGGCGGACCAUACCUCGACCCCGAGAUCUUCUUCCAGUCUUACCUCGCAGGACCUUUCCUCUUGGUCCUGUACCUGGGAUGGAAGGGAUACAGUUGGUUCGCACGACCUGAGCACAGACCCAUGUGGAUCGCAAUCAAGGAUAUCGACAUCUACAACGGAAUCCGGAGAGUAGAGACGAUCGAUGGAGUUGACAGCGACGACUUUCCUGAUGAGCAGAAGAAGAAGGGCAUCAAGGGCUGGGCUACGGCUGGCGUGCGGGCCAUUAUCUAG